UUUGCAGAGCUGAGUUCAGCCAACAAAUAAAUAUGUCCCCUGAAGUUGCCUUGAACAGAAUUUCUCCAUCACUUUCUCCUUUGAUUUCCAAUGUGGUCAGAAAUGGAAAGGUAGGAUUGGAUGCAACAAACUGUUUAAGAAUUACAGAUCUGAAAUCUGGCUGUACAUCCUUAACUCUUGGGCCCAGCUGCGAUCGUUUUAAGUUGCAUAUUCCAUAUGCUGGAGAAACACUCAAAUGGGAUAUAAUUUUUAAUGCUCACUAUCCAGAACUGCCACCUGAUUUUAUCUUUGGAGAAGAUGCUGAAUUCCUCCCUGAUCCCUCUGCCUUACAUAACUUGUCCUCGUGGGAUCCCUCAAACCCUGAAUGCCUCCUGCUUGUUGUGAAAGAACUUGUGCAACAGUAUCAUCAGUUCCAGUGUAGCCGAUUACGUGAGAGCUCUCGCCUCAUGUUUGAAUAUCAGACAUUACUUGAAGAGCCUCAGUAUGGAGAGAACAUGGAAAUCUAUGCUGGCAAAAAAAAUAACUGGACUGGUGAAUUUUCAGCUCGUUUUCUUUUGAAAUUGCCAGUGGACUUCAGCAACAUUCCCACUUAUCUUCUCAAGGAUGCAAAUGAAGACCCUGGGGAAGAUGUCGCUCUUCUUUCAGUCAGUUUUGAGGAUACAGAAGCUACUCAGGUUUUUCCCAAACUGUAUCUGUCUCCACGAAUUGAACAUGCUCUUGGAGGAUCUUCUGCUCUGCACAUCCCUGCUUUUCCAGGUGGAGGCUGUCUCAUUGAUUAUGUGCCCCAAGUGUGCCAACUGUUAACCAACAAGGUACAGUAUGUUAUUCAGGGUUACCAUAAAAGAAGAGAGUAUAUUGCAGCAUUUCUUAGUCACUUUGGAACCGGUGUGGUAGAAUAUGAUGCCGAGGGUUUUACCAAGCUCACCCUGUUGCUGAUGUGGAAAGAUUUUUGCUUCCUUGUUCACAUUGACCUGCCUCUGUACUUCCCUCGAGACCAGCCAACUUUGACAUUUCAGUCUGUUUAUCAUUUCACUAGUAGUGGGGAGCUGUAUGCCCAGGCCCAGAAAAACUACCCCUACAGUCCACGAUGGGAUGGCAAUGAGAUGGCCAAAAGAGCAAAGACUUACUUCAGAACGUUUGUUCCUCAGUUCCAGGAGGCAGCAUUUGCCAAUGGAAAACUCUGAAACUUAAACGGAAAAUGCAAAAUGGAUUUUAUGCCCACAUGCUUGUCAACAGACUGCAAGAUGACCUCCUGAAAGCCGCUGUGACUUCAGUCUUCAUAGGUGCUUUUUACCACUGGGGUGCC